CCAAUUCUGUUCACUAGUGCUGCUUCGUGUGGUAUGUUGUUUGUAUAGGCUAAUUGCUAGGCAACAAGUUGAGCUUAUGCUGAAGUUGAGUAAUGAUUGGCUUUCUUUCCGCUUGCCGUAUUCUGCGAACAAGUUUUGCACAAGUUUGGCUGGCAAGGAGCCUCGUGAAUCUUGAUGUGUGAGGUUUUGUGAAUGGGAACAAAUUGUAUGUUAUUCCUGUUUUGGACAGUUUUUGCAAGAGUUGUUGCAAGUGCUGUCUGAGAAAGUGAUCUUUGACACACCAGAGAAACCUGAGAACCAUUCUUCAUCAUGGUUCGUAAGCUCAAAUAUCAUGAGCAGCGGCUGCUGAAGAAAGUUGACUUCAUAUCCUGGGAGGCAGACAACACACUUCACGAGGCGAAAAUCCUGCGCAAGUUCCAGAUCAAGAAGCGAGACGACUACACAAAGUACAACAAACUGGCCCGCCAAAUCCGUGAGAUCGCGCGCAAAAUAAAGAACCUCGACCCGAAGGACAAGUACCGCGUGGAGGCCUCGGCUCAGCUGAUCGAGAAGACCUACCAGAUGGGUCUGAUCCCCACCAAGUGGAACCUGGAGCUGGUCGACAAGAUCACCGCCUCUUCUUUCUGCCGCCGGCGGCUGCCCGUGCUCAUGGUGCGCCUCAAGAUGGCGCCCACCGUCAAAAUGGCCACCCAGUUCGUCGAGCAGGGCCACGUGCGCAUCGGCCCCGAGGUGAUCAGGGACCCGGCCUUCUUUGUGACACGCAGCAUGGAAGACUUCCUCACGUGGGUGGAUGCGUCAGCCAUCAGGAAGCACGUGCUCGAGUACAACGAGCUGCGUGACGACUUUGAGCUGUGAAGUGAAUGACCGUGACGCGUUUGGGCGAACUGGGCGUUGUGUGUUGUUUUGGGCGAACUGUGGGCAGCGAAAACUGAGCUAUGAGACGUAUGACAGUGACGCGGGCGGCUGGUUUGUGCGAACUGUGAGCGAUUUGGCGCUGAUGGAGGAGUAGGCUUCGUCUGAGCUUCGUCUGAGGCUGGUCGUUACGCGAGAUGGCGUGUACGAUCGUACGAACUUGACCGACCAGCGCUUAGAAACUCAGUGAAUGCGUGUAACUGGUUGCCGAGCUGACCAUAUGAACUUGAACGCUGCGUGUCGUGCGAUAGGGAGUGGCCAUUUUUCAGUGUUUUGCAUUGAACGUGUGCUCUGCAUUGUUCAUAAAUAAAUGUAAAAUGUAUUGAACUUAA